ACUGCAUCAGUAGCAUAAUUGCGCAAACACCAUCUACCCGAGGCCCCGACUACACUCUCUCGAAAUCGAUAAACAACCUGGUGUUCAAUCUUGAGCUCAAAUUCAAGAAAUUCAGUAAUCAUUUCUUGUUAGCAUCUAAUGAUCCGUGGUUAAACAAUUAAGGAAAGAUGAGACCUCAAACACAAAGCAAGCACCGACAUUCUAUCAUGCAUCUAGUUUGCAUUCUCGUUUGUUUCUGUCUCUUCGUUUUCUUCAUUCAAUCUUCUAUAUUUAGCGGUGGUAGAAAGGUAGAACUUUUGAAUAGAUUGGAAGUUGAAAUCUUGUCUCAGUUUCAAACCAAUAUUCAGCAAUGUGUGGCAAAGAGGGGACUUGGACUUACUGCAGAUAUUAUUGAUCACUGCAAAUUGAAACUCAAAUAUCCUGAAGACACUAACAGCACAUGGUAUAAUGUUCAGUUCAAGAAGAAGGAACCAUUAGAGUAUGAGUAUGAUAUAUGUGAAGCACUUUUACUUUGGGAACAGUAUCGCAAUGUCACAACAGUAUUGACAAGAGAAUAUCUAGAUGUUCGUCCAGAUGGUUGGUUUGACUAUGCAGCGAAACGGAUAGCCCAAUUGGGAGAUAAGAAAUGCCACAAUCAAUCUCUUUGUGAUGAUCUUCUCAGUCCUAUUUUACCAGCUACACCACCAUUUCAUCCCCGUCAAUUUGAAAGAUGUGCAGUUGUAGGAAAUUCUGGAGAUCUUUUAUUGACAGAGUUUGGAGAAGAGAUUGACAGUCAUGACGCAGUGAUUAGAGAUAACGAGGCUCCUGUUAAUGAGAAGUAUGCCAAAUUUGUUGGUACAAAGCGGACCUUUCGCCUAGGAGUUAGAGGCACUGCUCGUAACAUGAUCAACAUUCUCAAAGGGGCCCCUGAGGAAGUAUUUAUCAUCAAAAGUGUGACACACAGAGACUUCAAUGAGAUGAUAAAGAGUAUUGCGAAUCCAGUUUACCUGUUCCAGGGGAUUGUGCUGCGAAGAGGGGCCAAAGGGACAGGGAUGAAGUCUGUAGAGCUUGCACUUUCAAUGUGUGACAUCGUUGACAUAUAUGGUUUUACUGUGGACCCUGGGUAUAAAGAAUGGACAAGAUACUUCUCGGAACCAAGGAAGGGACACAACCCACUUCAAGGAAGAGCUUACUAUCAACUACUCGAGUGCCUGGGGGUGAUAAGAAUACAUUCACCAAUGAGAGCUGAAAGGGAGGAAGAGUGGUCAAAUAUACCAAGUCGAGAUGCAAUAAAGAGAGCUCACACUGCAGCUAUACGUCUAAAACAGAAUGUGAUAGGUCAGGUUGGUGACGAGGGGCAGUUCAGAAAUUGCAAGUUUUGGGGUGAGAAAGGCGCUGAUUAUAACGGCCCAGUCUCUGGUUCUUUUGACAUGAGUGAAGUAAGAAAGAAGUCAAACUACAGUAAGUGGGAAGUGAUGCCUUUCGAGAACUUGAGGAAGGAAGCACAGGAAUAUUACCGGCAAAUGGAGGGGGUUUCCUUGUAUAAGGUGGAUGGUAAUAAGUUGGACGAUCUUGUUUGUAUAAGACACACAUCAAAAUCUGCAGAAUGAAGUAUAUAAUUUUUACCCAUUUGCUGAUAUGCCUGCGUAUCUGCAAAUAUAGGACUGAUUCUUUUUGUGGUAUUUCCGUGUUUAUUAUGUGGAAAUGCAGUCCUUCAAUGAUGUUAAAUACACUUAAAGCCUUGUUGUUUCUCUUCUCUCAGUUGCCUAAUAGGUGUUUGGGUAGGUUUACAGAAUUUUAUCAUCUGAUAGCUGGUUUUCCCUUGUAACACGGAAAGUUUCCGAUGCUGAUGUAUUAUGUUUACCAAUUUUUUUGUUUUUUUGGUAUUUGUAAAAAGAGAUUUAGGACAUCUCAGAUUAUAGCAAUUGUUUUUCUUGUGUAUUUAUGUACAAACACUCAUUAGAGAAAAAAAAAAAAAAAACUAACAGAUGUAAGAUUUAGUUUACUGUUAA